AUGGAUCAGCAUUAUCACCCAGCACCUCUGGGUCAUUACUCUGCACCAGAAAACCUUCAUCAACAUCGACUGCUACCGUCCAGGAGCAGCUUGUCGCUUCAGGCUACUAUACGGCAGAUAACAGACCAGGGGCCUGUGCAUACCAGUAAAACAUGGACGACAAGCAGCGGCGAUCAUAAUAUCUUGAACGACACAGACGAGUUGGAGGAUAGGGCUGGCUUUGUUCAGGAAUACAAUCGUUUGGCAAAGAAGAAUGGAGUGCGCAUCUUGGUGAUUGACGAUUUUGACUUUAGGCCUACUGGAAAAGGACUUGGUAGUCCUCGCAAGCAAGGAUGGCUUUAUCGGAUCCUGCGGUCCUCUUCCAACCAAGCUACUUCAGACGAAAAACCUACCACUUAUCAAGCACCUCGUCACAAGCGGAGCGUCUCGGACCUCGCCCACAGUUUGGUACAUCAUCGCCGAGAAACCCCCAAGGUACUCGACCUUCAGUCCAUGAUACGAAUAAGCGGCAAGAGUGUUUUCUACCUCCCAGCAGAACAUGCACCAUCUGCUCUCAUCCUCCCAACUUGUCUCCGAGCUACUGCGCACCACAUCGCUCAGCAUGUCACUACUCGAGGGAUCUUCCGUAUACCAGGAUCCAUCAGAGUAGUCAACAUGCUCUUUGACUAUUACUGCUGUACUGAACAAAGCAACGUCGACAUCACAAAUACUGUGCGAUGCGCAAACCUACCGAUGCACGUUCAGGCCUCUGUUCACGAUGUUGCAUCUACUUUCAAGCGACUCCUCUCGGUGAUCCCUGGCGGAAUCCUUGGUUCCCUAUCACUCUUUGACGCAUUUGUCGCAAUCCAUUCGCAACUUGAGGGCGAUCCCGAGUUUCCUCGUACCAAGCACACCAAGGUACGAGCCCGACUCAUUGCUCUGGCUAUAGCGACUGUCGAGUCACAGUUUCGUCGGGAGCUUAUAUGCGCUGUCUUUGGACUCCUCAGCUUGAUUGGGAGAGUGGCAGAGAUCACUCCCCGAGAGGAUGACGAGGGUCGAUCGUUACCAACAGGAGAUCUGAUGGGUUACAAUGCGCUGGGAAUUGUAUUUGGACCUCUACUUCUUGGUGACUUACUUGGACUCUACUCCAUGAAGCUGGCAAUGCCAAAGUCUGGACUGUUGGUGCUCCCAUUGAGAUCCCCAAGGUCGCGACAAGGUCGAAACGUGAGGAAGACACUGGGGAGCGAGCUUCCAAGUCCCCCGACAGUAGAUAAAGUCCUCAUUGCCAACAGUAUCACAGAAAUGCUCAUUGUCAACUGGAGGGAUGUGGUACGGCAAAUGAAAUCACUCGGCAUGAAUAGAAGGGCCGAGCCACGGUCAGUGAGUCCCCAGACAGAUUCCCAGGAUAGGGGAUUUGUUGUCAAGAAGCCACAAGGCUGGGAUCAAGAAUGGCGCGCAAGUGAGAGGGAUGAGAUUAAAAGAGAAAACAGUCCCGAACCCUCCACGCCAACUCUGGGGAUAUCGAAACAACGACCACGAAGGCGUGGCAGCUCAACAUCCAAGAAGCUUGCGAUACAAUCCAGCGUUGGAUUAUUGAGUCCUACCGUUGAAGAGAGUACCCCUGAGGAGGAGGAUUCCCAUGGUCAUCAAAGGUCAAUUCCUGACGGCGCGAGAAAGAUGAGUGGUCAGAUGCAAGAGUACAACGUGCUAGAGUCAAACAUCAAGGAACGUUCAAAACAUACUGUCGACUCGCCAAAGGCUGAACCACCAAAUGACGAAUCGAUUGAUUAUGUCGCCCCAACACCAAUUCCGUCUACAAAAGCCAGAGCCAUUUACGGGGAUAGCCCACGAGUCUCCGAGGAUGAUGUCCCGCCUCGUACUUCUUCGAAGCAAGGGACAAUCACAGCCCCUUUGAAUCGAGCUGGCGUUGACGAGCCGACAAAUCAGGCGUCCAAAGUAUUAACUUCAAAAGAAGUCACACCCAUCGAACGCAAGGGUGCUAUUAGAAAGAAACAUCCAGGAAAGAAUUUGCAAAGAACGCCUAGGCAAUCCAUCUCAGUAGAAUGGUCGGAGCUUCCAAGUAGGUCAUCAGGCAUAUCCGUGGAUAAGUCGAAACCACAACCAAUACACCUUGAGUUUUCUUCAGAGAAGGAAGCAUUGGAAGCCGCACUGAAGGCACAUUUUGAAGAACUGAAAGAACUAGAGUACUCAAACCAACACAAGGCGCUACUCCCUGACACCAAUAUCAAGGAAGAGUUAAGAACAUCAACUCUUGCUGACCCAAUAGAGAUACCACAGCAGCCCGUCAAAAAGACAGAUAUAGAGAAAGAAAACACGGAGAACGAGAGCGGCACCAAAACAACAACAACCCAGCAGAUGUUGGCACCUAACUCUGCAUCCUCAACACCAAGACAAUUCUAUGCACCAAUGCAGGUGCCGCAGACCAUCGGAGAUAACACUUCAAUGGAACUUCACUCCCCUAAAAGCCAUACAGAGACAUAG